GCCUGAUAUCCUGGGGGUAAUAAAUAUCCCAGAAGAGUUUUCAUCCUCCCAUUUACUUGGAAAGGAAGACCCAGGACAAUACUAACUGUCAGAUGAAGAUAAUAUUUGCAGACAUGAAUAGAGCAUUGUAACAUGAAACUCAGUGGAAUUAUCUGCAUCCCAGAGUUCUGUGGAGGAGGUUUCAAAAAAGUCUCUCAAUUGUAGACAUGAUACAAAACAAGGCUGAUUGGUUCCAGAAGGGCAGUACCCCAUCAGCUGACUGCAGACUAAAUGGAAAAACUGUACCACAUCUUAAAAGCAAGGUGUUGAUAACAGGAGGUGGAGGCUACUUUGGAUACAACCUGGGAUGUGCUCUCACCAAAUUAGGAAUCACUGUUGUUCUUUUUGAUAUACAAAAGCCUAAAUGGGAACUUCCUAAUGGAGCAACGCAUUUCCAGGGUGAUGUGAGGGAUUAUAAUGCAGUCUUCAAGGCUUGUAGAGGGGUCGACUGUGUUUUUCAUGUGGCUUCACACGGAAUGUCAGGACUGGAACAACUACAAAAGAAAGAAGUGAUUGAGUCCAUAAAUGUUGAUGGAACUAAAGUAGUCAUUGAUGUUUGCAAAGAAAGAAAUAUCCCGAGGCUGAUAUAUACUAGUACGGUGAAUGUGGUGUUUGGAGGGAAUCCCAUUGAAGAUGGAGAUGAAACUUUACCAUAUUUUCCACUAGAAAAGCAAGUUAAUCAUUAUUCAAGAACUAAAGCCAUGGCAGACCAAAUGAUCCUUGCAGCUAAUGGUACCCCACUAAAAGGAGGUGAGAAGCUCCAUACAUGUGUUCUUCGCCCACCAGGCAUCUAUGGACCAGGAGAGCAAAGACAUCUGCCACGAGUAGUAAAGAAUAUCCAAAGAGGACUAUUUAACAUCCAUUUUGGAAAUCCCAAAUCUCAGAUGAACUGGGUUCAUGUAAAAAAUCUUAUACAAGCUCAUCUCUUAGCUGCUGAAACUCUCACCCCUGAGAAGGGUUAUAAAGCGAGUGGUCAGGCUUAUUACAUAAAUGAUGGCGAGAAUGUCCUCUUUUCUGAAUGGAUAACUCCGUUAUUUGAAAAAUUAGGUUACAGUAAACCAUGGAUACAUAUUCCUACUUUCCUCAUUUAUACAACAGCCAUCCUGCUGGAAUUCCUGCACCUGGCACUAAAACCAGUUUUUAAGUUUACACCUGUCCUGACCAGAAAUGAGGUGAGGAGCAUCACUGUAACGCACACUUUCCGAAUAGAAAAGGCAUGCAAUCAACUAGGUUACUGCCCAAAGAAAUUUGCACUUGCAGAUUCAGUGGAUCAUUAUCUCCAAACUACACCCAAAUACCAGAACCAUUAUGAUUUCCUUAAAAUCUGGUUUGUCUUUGGCACCUGUUUAUGUUUGAUCUUCCUUAUUUUACUUUCUUAAGCAUACACAUUUAUGUCUUUAUUUAAAGAAAAGCCACCAUUAAAAUUAGUUUAUUAAUAUUCGGUAAACAAAUUAAGCAGCCACAGUGUAUUCCUCAGGUUACAUAAACUUUAUUAUUAUUUGAAUAAGUUAUUUCAUCUGAUGUAUUUUAAGCUGUUUUUGCUAUUAAAUAAAAACUAGCAUAUAAACAAUUGUUCUUAAAGGUUAAAGCUACUACAUUUUUUAAAGUAUAAUAAACUUGCAAGGCCACAGGAGAUCACCAUUGAUAAGUGCAGGGACCAGAGCUGUAGUUUCUAUUUGGUUCAUCACAAAAGAACCCCUUCUGACAAUGACUGGAUAAGAAACUGGAGUAAGAGUAGAUAUAGCAUGGCUGCAGUGCUAUAAAAACAACAGUAAGUAACUAGAAUAAGGAAAGUAUUGCCUGGGGUGAGCAAUAAGUGGCCCGUGGCCUGGAUGCAGUUCACCAGGGUUGGCCCCUGAUGGGCUGCCAGAUUCUUUAUUUACCUACAGCCACUGGCAGUUCCUGUUGGCCGCGGUUCACCAUUCCCAGCCACUGGGAGCUAUGGGAAGCGAUAGCCUGCCCUCAGCACUUCCUGCAACUCCCAUUGGAUGAGAACAGCAAACCACAGUGAACCAUAGCCA